GGACCCCGAGCGCGAAGAGGGCGAACGCGAAGAUGCCUCGGCCGGGCCGCAACACGUACAGCGACCAGAAGCCGCCCUACUCGUACAUCUCGCUGACCGCCAUGGCCAUCCAGAGCUCGCCCGAGAAGAUGCUGCCGCUGAGCGAGAUCUACAAGUUCAUCAUGGACCGCUUCCCCUACUACCGGGAGAACACGCAGCGCUGGCAGAACAGCCUGCGGCACAACCUCUCCUUCAACGACUGCUUCAUCAAGAUCCCGCGGCGGCCGGACCAGCCGGGCAAGGGCAGCUUCUGGGCGCUGCACCCCAGCUGCGGGGACAUGUUCGAGAACGGCAGCUUCCUGCGGCGCCGCAAGCGCUUCAAGGUGCUCAAGUCCGACCACCUGGCGCCCAGCAAGCCGGCCGACGCGGCGCAGUACCUGCAGCAGCAGGCCAAGCUGCGGCUCAGCGCGCUGGCCGCCUCGGGCACGCACCUGCCGCAGAUGCCCGCGGCCGCCUACAACCUGGGCGGCGUGGCGCAGCCCUCGGGCUUCAAGCACCCGUUCGCCAUCGAGAACAUCAUCGCGCGGGAGUACAAGAUGCCCGGGGGGCUGGCCUUCUCCGCCAUGCAGCCGGUGCCCGCGGCCUACCCGCUCCCCAACCAGUUGACUAGCAUGGGCAGCUCGCUGGGCACGGGCUGGCCGCACGUGUACGGCUCGGCUGGCAUGAUCGACUCCGCCACCCCGAUCUCCAUGGCGGGCGGCGACUACAGCGCCUACGGGGUGCCGCUGAAGCCGCUGUGCCACGCGGCGGGCCAGACGCUGCCCGCCAUCCCCGUGCCCAUCAAGCCCGCGCCCGCCGCGGUGCCCGCGCUGCCCGCGCUGCCCGCGCCCAUCCCCGCGCUGCUCUCGAACUCGCCGCCCUCGCUCAGCCCCACGUCCUCGCAGACAGCCACCAGCCAAAGCAGCCCCGCCACCCCCAGCGAGACGCUCACCAGCCCGGCGUCCGCGCUGCUGUCGAGCACCAGGCUGGGGUCGGAAAGGGAAACGGAAGCGCAGCGCUAUCACACACGCCAGACGAACGUGACUAAAACCAAAGAAGUCAGGAGAAUAUUGCAGUUGUUGGAAGGAUGGUUUUCAGUGACGAGGGCACCUGACAGUCAAGUUGGUAACUAUCUGAAAGAACAAAUUGAAGGGAACUGCAGAGAAAAAGAAAAUAAGACCCAAACCCAAACCAAACCCAAGACACGAGCAGAUUUAGAGUUUGUGCCUAGAAGAAGAAAAAAGUCUGCAGCAGGCUGCAGGUGGACGUCGCAGACGAGAUCGAGAUGUGUGGUCAAUGGCCGGCUGCAGGUGGACGUCGCAGACGAGAUCGAGAUGUGUGCUCAAUGGCCGGCCCCUGUUCAGGAAUUUGUGUUUGACCUAUUGACCCAGCGGGCUGCCACCCGCCCUGUCCACCUGCCUGGAGAGUGUAUGAGGUCCUGGCUAGGACCACCAGAUCUGCUCUUCUGUGGGCUAGGAGUGGGGAGGGAGAUACACAGAGAGAUGUACAAUGAGGAGGAACGGCAGAUGUCACAGAGUCACCCAAUAAUGGCUACCCAGGGCCUGCUGAGGUUCCUAGCUGGCCCGGUCCCUUCCUAG